AUGUCUUCUGAUAGUAUUGAUAUUGCCACUACUAGUAGUAGUGGUGGUGCUCAUGCUGCCAAUAACAGUGCUACUAGCAACACUAAGAAACAGAAUAUGUCUCCCCCCUUCGAUUCUCCGCUGCUUGCUGAUGAUGACCUUUUUAUCCAAGGCAUGCUACCAUUUGUUGGCGUUGGGCAGUACGCUUUUGUAGGAGCUGUCAACAAGAAGAUGAAUCAACUGUACAAGGACUACUGUAAAACUGAACUCAAGAAAAAGCCAAGAAAGGUAAAAGAUGGCAUUUGUUUCAGUCGCUCUGCAGAAAUCACGGACACUUUUUAUAGUGCUGCAUUUUGUAACCAGCCCCGUGCAGAAUACUGGCUCAGGGACGAUUCCAGCAACAAGGCACCUCAUCAUGAUAAUGUUUGCACUGCAAUUGCCAAAAUUGGAACUAUUAUGGUCAUGAAGUGGGCACACCAACAAGGAUUCCCAUGGGAUGAGUGGACGUGUAAGAAAGCUGCCGAACAUGGACAUUUGGAAAUGCUCCAAUGGCUGCGUGCAAUUGGGUGUCCAUGGAGUGAGUGGACAUGUCUACAUGCUGCUAAAGGUGGGCAUUUGGAAGUUUUAAAGUGGGCUCAUGAAAAUGGGUGUCCAUGGGAACAAGAACCGAUAUGUUUUUAUGCUGCUGAAGGUGGACAUUUUAAAAUGUUAGAGUGGGCUCGUGCGAAUGGGUGUCUAUGGGAUAACAGGACAUGUGCAGGUGCUGCUGAAGGUGGGCAUUUGAACAUUUUGAAGUGGUCCCGUGCAAACGGUUGUCCAUGGGAUGAAAAGACAUGUACCGCUGCUGCUCGAAAUGGUCAUUUGGAGGUUUUAAAGUGGGCUCGUGAAAAUGGUUGUCCAUGGGAUGAUUGGACAUGUGCUCUUGCUGCUGGCAAUGGCCAUUUGAAAAUUUUGAAGUGGGCGCAUGAAAAUGGGGGUCCAUGGUAUGAACGGACAUGUGCUUUGGCUGCUGGUGGUGGACAUUUGGAAAUGCUCCAAUGGUUAAAAGAGAAUGAUUGUCCAUGGAAUGAAAAGACAUGUACCGCUGCUGCUCGAAAUGGUCAUUUGGAAGUUUUAAAGUUGGCUCGUGCAAAUGGUUGUCCAUGGGAUGAAUCAACUUCUCGAUGUGCACGCAUUGCAAGCCACAGGGAAGUGAUCCAGCGGCUAUGUGACAAUGCUUGCCCUGGGUCUCGUCAAGAAGGGAUCUAG